AUGGGAGUUACGACAUAUGCAGAGACAUUGGAACGUGCAAUCAAAACAGAAGGCAUGGAGGAACGAAUUUGGAAGGAAAACACUGCUAGGAGGGAGGCUAGGAAAGGAAAUUCUAGAUCUAGAGAUAAAAGAAAGGCUCAGGAAAAUGAGAGCCAUGAAGGGAAUAAGAAAUCAAAAGGGGCAACGAGAGGCAGUCAAAACCCCAAUAAUGAGGUGGAAAAUUGCCUAAAGUGCAACUGCAAGCAUAGCGGAGAAUGUCGAGCUAACACACGAGCCUACUACAAGUGUGGACAAGAUGCUCAUAUAAAGAGAAACUGUCCCCAAAUGCAAGCUGGGAAUGGUGGACAUCAGAAGAAUGGCAACUUGGUACCAGCUCGGGUGUUCGCACUAACUCAAGGCAAAGUGAAGGCCAACAAUACUGUGGUAACAAGUCAUAUUUCUAUUGCCGGUACACCUUGUAGAUUUUUAUUUGAUUCAGGAGCUAUGCAUUCGUUUAUUUCUAUGAAAAUGGUUGUUAGACUAGGAGUAACCUAUGAAACUUUUAGUGAGAAUUUUGUUAUCUCAUUACCAUUGGGAGAGGUGAUGUUGUCAACUAAGUGGUUACGAUCUAUUCCAAUCAUGAUUGAGGGUAAGGAAUGCCUAGGAGACUUACUAGAACUAGACAUGAUAGACUAUGACGUGAUUAUCAGUAUAAACUAG